AUGGUACCACAAUUAACUAAAAGCCAUUCUGUCACAACAUUUCUUCUCAAAGAAGACAAACGAUCUUACAAAACACUUCAUUAUGCAGACGGAUCAUACUGGUGGGUACAUUUGCAUAUUCACUGUGAGGUAGACAAGCACAUUAACGUGGUGUUGGAAGGAGACAAAGCUAUUGCACUUGAUGCCACUUCAUUAGCAGAGACGUCCGUUCUCGGGAAUACGUCACUGUCUAAUGACGAAAUUGAAGAAAUAUGA